AUGAGCUAUAAUAAUGAUCCAUUCAGAGAUGAUUCUAAUCCUUAUGAUGAAGAAAGUUUCGAAAUGAACAAUAACAACAAUAUAACUAGUAGUAAUACCCAGGAUCAUUCUUCUUCUUCAGAUUUCAUCACAUUUAUGAACACGAUAAACCAUAUCAAUCAAAAAUUAAAUACAUACGAAUCAUUAAUAAACCAAAUUGAUCGUUACCAUAAUAAUCUUUUAAUAGAAGUCAAUGGGGAUAAUUCUAUAAAUAUGAGAAAUGAAUUAGAUAAUUUAGUCUCUCAAGCAUCUGAUUUACAAUAUCAAUUAAAAGAUGAAAUUAAAAACAGUCAAAGAUUAGGAUUAAAUGAUAUAAAUAAACAAACUCAAGCUGAAAAUUCAAGACAAAAAUUCUUAAAAUUAAUUCAAGAUUAUAGAAUUAUAGACUCUAAUUAUAAAGAUGAAAAUAAACAACAAGCAAUGAGACAAUAUAAAAUUGUUCAACCAGACGCAACGGCGGAAGAAGUGGAAAAUGCGAUAAAUGAUGUUGGGGGUCAACAAAUCUUUUCUCAAGCUCUUUUGAAUGCAAAUAGACGUGGAGAAGCAAAGACUGCAUUAGAUGAAGUUCAAACAAGACAUCAAGAAUUAUUAAAAUUGGAAAAAUCAAUGGCUGAAUUGAAUCAAUUAUUUAAUGACAUGGAACAAUUAGUUCUGGAACAACAAGAAGUUAUAGAGACUAUAGAUCAAAAUGUUGAAGCAGCUCAAGAAGAUGUAGAACAAGGGAUUGGUCAUACAACUAAAGCAGUGAAAAGUGCAAGAACAGCUAGAAAAAAUAAAAUAAGGUGCUAUAUUAUUUGUGCCUUAAUUGUAGCAGUUGUAGUAGUGGUUGUGGUAGUACCAUCUGUUGUUGUCAACCGUUAA